CGUGGCCAGGUGACAUUUAACAGUGUGUGCAGAGGGCUGGGAGCAUCAUUGGACAGAGAAUGGUGGAGGUUUUUGUGCUUUACUGUGGAGCCUGAGGGUACCGCCCCAAGUUUCAGCAGCUCAGGAAGGAACUGGAGAAACGGUUCCCGGGCAUGCUGAAAAUUGAUGGUGAAGGUACCCCAACUGCCACAGGAUGGUUUGAAGUGACUGUGGAUGGGAAGCUGGUGCACUCCAAAAAGAAUGGCGAUGGCUAUGUGGACAAGGAGGCAAAGCUUCAGAAGAUCGUGCUUGCCAUCGAGGUGGCUUUGAGGAAGUAACGGGCAGAAUGUGGUCAUUCUGCAAUGUGUGAGCUAAGAAGGUUGGACGUCCUUUUUGCUUCUUUCAUUUUUACCUCACGCCUUAUGAAGGAAAACGCUAAAAUGCCCCUUGGGCGCGGCCGAGCCCCGAUAUCCUGCGUGCUGUGUUCAGAUGACAAAAGCGACGGACACCCAUCCUUUUCCUGCUCAGACAAAAUAAAAAUUUGAUGUAAGA